AUGGGGCAGGCUCAGUCGAGCGAGCCUGUGGCUCCUCCGUCGAAUGAGCAGAUCACCAAGCAGCUCGCAAACAAGUUUGCAGAAAAGUGCUUCACUUCUCUGGAGCUGUACUCGCUCAAGGACAACUUCAAGGGCCUGGCCGACACCCAGCAAGGGGUCAGGUACUUUAAAGAGGAAACCGUCUCGCGUUUCCUCGAGAUCCCUGAUGUCCUCCAUGUCUCUCCGGUGCUGUUCAACAUGCUGUCCUACAUCGGCGCCUUUCCCUUUCUCCAGGAUGCGCCGGCCGUGCUCGGACUGGAGCAGAUGGUCAUCGUCAUCACCAUCCUGACAGAGAGAUAUCGGAGAGUGCUGGCCAAGGGGCCUACGGACCGCCGGAAACUGCUCUUCAAGAGCUUGGCAGUCUAUGAUAAGAAGCUGUCUGAGAUGGGCGGCGAGAAGCAGCCCGGCUCGGCCCAAGCCGAACCGCCCGCGGCAACGUCGACUACUACCACGACGGCAGGAUUCGCCGUGGAUCAGCCCGGAGACGACGAGCCGGAAGAUGCGGCGGAGGAAGACGACAGUCUGGUCAUGGCAGCCUUCGAGUCACUAGACUAUGUUGCCGCCUUCAAGCACGGCAAUGCCCCCACCAUCCACGGAGCUAUGAUCCCCGCCGAUAACUUUCGCAAACUCGUCAUGCUCCUCCUCAUCAUCGCGCCCAUGGAGCCCCAGGAGAGACUGUCCCAGUACUCCCACCGAGUGGUCGGCGACGAGCUGGAGAACCUGCGAUCCACGGCAGAGAGCGUGUUGGCCACAUUCUUGGAUGUCGAAAAGUCGCCGGGGAUUAAGUUCAAACACUUUGACGCCAUCGUUCCCGUCUGCUUCCCCUACCUCUUCAACGGCCUCAGCUCGCUCUUUGAGCACUUUCUCUUCUCCAAAAACCUGGACCUCUCCAAGCACAAAGACGGCCUCCCACCCCCGAAAAUGGUGGCCGAGAGUGAACCACAACCGCUGCUACAGGACAAGGGUGACAUUCUAGACCUCAAUGUCCUCUCGCAGCUCUCCUUCUUCAUCCCGGGCUCCGAUCUCUUCCGCCGCCUGCGCCUCCUCUACUCGGGUGACAACGACGGCUUCUCCAUGGGCUCGUUCGAGACCAAAGUCUUCAACUGGCGCGCUCCGACGAUCGUCCUGGUCCGCGGCACCCGCGUCGACGACACCCCGAACAAGGGCCAGGAGUCGUCCUUCGCGGCCACCCUGCCGCCCCGCCGCUUCCCCCACGGCAGCACCUCGGACCGCCUCACCUUUGGCGCCUACAUCGGCCAGCCGUGGCGCCACACGAACCGCGAGUGCUUCGGCGACACGGACUGCAAGCUCUUCCAGCUCGAGCCCGUGCACGACGUGUUCCCGGCCUCGAGCCUCAACCGGGACUACGCCUGCUUCACCAAGCCGCCUUCGUCGUCGUCGUCGUCCGCCCACGGGGGAGGCGUGUCCUUCGGCUGCCCGGCCCCCGCGGCCUCGUCGCAGAGCUACCGCCGGACGGGCACGGUCUCGCUGGGCCCCGUGUCGCUGCUGCUCGACUCGAGCUUCGAGUUCGGCGUCUUCACGCACGACCACACGUCGCGCGGCGGCGCGUUCGCCACGAGCGCGGCCCGGCCCUUCGACUUCCAGGACCGGUUCGAGGUCGAGAGCCUCGAGGUCUGGGGCUGCGGCGGGGACGCCGAGGCCCGGGUCCAGGCGGAGCGGUGGGCGUGGGAGGCGCGCGAGGCCGAGGCCCGGCGCAGGGUCAACCUGGGCACCGGGGACGUCGAGGCCGACCGGGCGCUGCUCGAGAUGGCGGGGCUGAUCGGGCAGAACCGGAGCGGGGGGAGCAUGUCGUGA